AUGGCCUGUGUGCUGCAGCAGGUGUGUCCUCCACACUUCCUCCGUGCUGAGACACACGGCAUGUGUCAGCUCAAAGACAGCACAGGGGUCCGUGGCUGUGGAGGGGGCCGGGGGAGGACGGGGGGUCAGGGGACAGGAGGGGUCCUGCUGGGGGUUAUUUGGAUCGUGCACAGAGUGCCCCUCUCCCCCCUCCAUCUAUCCUACCACUCUUACCCCAUCUCCACUCUCCCAUGUCCUCCCACCCUCAGCCCCUCUCCCCCUCCAUCUAUCCUACCACUCUUACCCCAUCUCCACUCUACCCUGUCCUCCCACCCUCAGCCCCUCUCCCCCUCCAUCUAUCCUACCACUCUUACCCCAUCUCCACUCUACCCUGUCCUCCCACCCUCAGCCCCUCUCCCCCUCCAUCUAUCCUACCACUCUUACCCCAUCUCCACUAUACCCUGUCCUCCUACCCUCAGCCCCUCUCCCCCCUCCAUCUAUCCUACCACUCUUACCCCAUCUCCACUCUACCCUGUCCUCCCACCCUCAGCCCCUCUCCCCCUCCAUCUAUCCUACCACUCUUACCCCAUCUCCACUCUACCCUGUCCUCCCACCCUCAGCCCCUCUCCCCCUCCAUCUAUCCUACCACUCUUACCCCAUCUCCACUCUCCCCUGUCCUCCUACCCUCAGCCCCUCUCCCCCUCCAUCUAUCCUACCACUCUUACCCCAUCUCCACUCUACCCUGUCCUCCCACCCUCAGCCCCUCUCCCCCUCCAUCUAUCCUACCACUCUUACCCCAUCUCCACUCUACCCUGUCCUCCCACCCUCAGCCCCUCUCCCCCUCCAUCUAUCCUACCACUCUUACCCCAUCUCCACUCUCCCAUGUCCUCCCACUCUGGCAGCUAG